UCCAAUCUUAUCCCCUUCAGAUUCAUCUUCAUCAUAAGAUCACCGAACACAAACAGAACUUGAACAUCAAACGAGAUAGCAAUAGCAUGGCAACAAUUUCAGGUCUUAUUAGCCGUUCAACGCCCAGGGUUGUAGUUUUCAACGCAUCAUCGUCCGAGUCGCCGCGAAACUGCCACGUCGUCAAGUUCCCCGCGGGAAUGACCGGAUCUGGUCGCUUGGCGAGUGUUCGCCCAGUGAGGACGGCGCCGGAGAAGAUAUCGGAGAAAGUGGCGGAGAGCAUAAAGAACGCGCAGGAGACGUGCUCGGAGGAUCCGGCGAGCGGAGAGUGCGUGGCGGCGUGGGAUGAGGUAGAGGAGCUGAGCGCCGCCGCCAGCCACGCCAGGGACAGGCUGAAGGACUCAGAUCCGCUUGAGGAUUUCUGUAAGGACAACCCGGAGACCAUCGAGUGCAAGACUCAUGAUAACUGAAUAUUAGGGUUUCAUGGUUAUUCUUCAUGGAUCUAUGAAAGUAGACUAUCAAUGUGUUCAAGUGUUGCAUCUUUCAUGAAGCAUGAUACAAUAAUGAUAUGCCAAAAAUAUAUGUACUUGGUUAAGUUUUCUUAUAUGUAAAGCUUAAUUUGUAACA